ACUUCUGCUGCAGUUAUACUUAUAUACAGUAGGGUCACAAAUACAUUGUCUCAAUUUGUGUUGACAUUUGAUUCAUUCUUUUAACCUUUAGCCUAUAGUGAUUAACGGAGUUCGAUGAAGAUCCUUAAACCCCUUUGGAUUCUGAAAUUCAUAAUCUACGUAAAAAUAAGAUUCCAUUGAUAGCAAAACUGUCUUUGCUAUAUUUUCUUCCACCUUCAACAAUUAUUACUCAGGCUACACUAUUUGCAUCAUAUUAACGGUUAAGCCAUACUAUUCUAAUGUUUGAUGAAUGUCUUUUCUAGACUUUUCCACAAGGUGUGUAGGGCAGAGUACGGGGCACAAGUUGGGCCUACCAUGUUGGAGGCACUUAAAAAUCAAGUGGAGAGCUAUAACAGCAAGUGUGAGGAGUUCUGUGCCGUCAUGGAAACGUCUUCCAAAGGCACUCCUCUAGUUGUUAUAUGCUCUCCCUUGAUGAAAAGGGUGCACCACCUAAAACACAGUGGGGAGCUGUGUUUUAUGGACUCUUCAGGGAACAUGGACAGGGAGAGCUGUAGGGUGUUCCUGCUCUUGACCCACAGCUGUGCAGGUGGUCUGCCACUUGGCAUUCUCCUCUGCCAAACCAAGGACGAGGAGACAAUUUUUGAGGGGCUGGACCUCCUCAGAAACAUUGCGGGAGAAAAGGCCUUUGCUGGCAGGGGACAGGCAGGGCCCCAGGUCUUUGUGACUGAUGAUUGUAGGGGAGAAAGGGGAGCUUUGAGACGGGUCUACCCUGAUGCCACCCUUCUCCUGUGCUCAUUCCAUCUGCUCCAAGCGGUUUGGAGGUGGUUGUGGAGUAAGGAGAGUGGUGUGGACAAAGGGGACAGGCAGACACUGUUCACUAUAGUCAAGAACAUGCUGUACUCCAAAAAUGUUAAAGAGGUGGACAGCAUUUACAUGAAUGCAAAAGAGAAUCCGGUGGCAGUCAGGUUAGUGCUGAGACUUUGACAAAUAGGGCGUAGCCUUUAAACCAGUUAGGACAGAAACUUAUAUGAUCAGAGUGCUAAUGUGAUUGCAUACUUUCAGUGUUAAUAUUUUCCCACUAUGCCUGUAAAGUUCCCGUAAAUUCAAACUAUUUUAGACCAAUGACCACUUAACCAAAUAAAAAAAAAACUCACGGACUACCUAGCUAAACAAAGAGUAGACCUACUUCAACAGUAUAUUACGCAACAGGCCUACUCACUGAACCGCCUUGCUUAUUGUC